UAUAGUCACGUGACCAGAGGUCAGCUGAUCUACGGCCGGGGAGACUGACAUCAUCUUAACCUGUGCUUGAAAUCCCGCUCGAAGAGUAUUUUAUUUGUUUCCGGAACGCAAAUAAAUUGGAAAAUUACGCCUUCGUGAUCCAAAUAAUCAUCAGGAAACGGGCAAGAUGUCUGGAAAAGACAGGAUCGACGUGUUCCCAUCCAGAAUGGCUCAGACCAUCAUGAAGGCCCGUAUGAAAGGAGCGCAGACAGGCCGCAAUCUGCUCAAGAAAAAGUCUGACGCUCUCUCCAUGCGAUUCCGUCAAAUUCUUCGCAAGAUUAUCGAAACAAAGACCAAGAUGGGGGAGGUGAUGAGAGAAGCGGCCUUCUCUUUGGCUGAAGCCAAAUUUGCAGCUGGUGAUUUUAGCACUACAGUCAUUCAGAAUGUCAACAAAGCUCAGGUGAAGGUGCGUGCCAAAAAAGACAAUGUGGCAGGCGUUACUCUUCCAGUUUUUGAGCAUUACCAAGAAGGCGGUGAUAGCUAUGAGCUGACUGGUCUAGCCAGAGGAGGAGAGCAGCUCUCCAGGUUGAAGAGGAACUAUGCCAGGGCUGUGGAGCUGCUCGUAGAGUUGGCCUCCCUACAGACAUCUUUUGUCACUCUGGACGAAGCCAUAAAGAUCACCAACCGCCGCGUGAAUGCAAUUGAGCAUGUGAUCAUCCCUCGGAUCGACCGCACCUUGACAUACAUCAUUACCGAGCUGGAUGAGCGGGAACGAGAGGAGUUCUAUAGGCUGAAGAAGAUCCAGGAGAAGAAGAAGCAGCUGAGAGAGAGGACGGAGAAGGAGAUAGCCGCCCGGGUGGCCAAGUUAGGUCCCAUUGCCGAGCCCGCCAACAUGCUGACAGAGGAGACGGAUGAAGACCUGCUUUUUGAGUAAACACCCUGUUGCCAAGGCAACCUUUAAAUGUAUUUAUUCCCUGCCUAUCGGGGCGAUGUCCAAGUCUCAUGAAGACAUUUUGUGUGUAGUGUGUCCUGUUGUGUCAUACUGUAUAGAACUGCAAAGAAGUUGAAAUAAGUACAAAUAGAAAACAUGUACGUAAAAAACGAUGACAUUUAAAAGUAGAUUUUGAUUGUCUUCUCAGUUCGCAUGCUGUAAAUUUUAAAAGGGUUGUGCUAGUUAACAGUGUGUGAGUGCCAUUACCUUGUUUAAAAAAAAAAA